GUUGACCGACCAGUUUCCGAGAUCAGUUCGGUGCGGGUAGGUGCGCGUUCCGAAACACAUACUCAAGGCAAAAGUUUAUUAAGAUUUCGUUUAGUGCGCGCUAUAUUGCGCUGCGUUUCCAGUGCCCGGAUCUGCCUGUGGUGGCAUAAAAACCAACCAAAAAGUGGCAAAAUGAUCAUGGACACUUUAGACACGCUGCCUAAUCAGCACCACCAUCAUCAUCAUCACCACCACCACCAUUCAUCGGCGUUUUUAUUGACGGAAAGUGCCGCCGCGGCUGGAGCUCAUCACUUCAACGUUCUCAGCUUUGACACUUGUUUAUACAAAACGGGGGCGAGCAGCAACAGCGGCGGUAGCCCCAUUCCUGCCUCCAUCUGCUCUCCAUCCGAGGACCCUUCGCCGUCGGAAGCACAACCGGGUGACUUAAACACCCCCGUUACUACCUCUAGCGACGCCCCUUCUUUCUUCGGUCCUAGUACCGUCGUCGAACCUCCACCAAUUACAGGUUCCUUGGACCCAGAGGAACUGUCAAUCGAACAACAACAUACGGCCAGUCCUCAUCAUUCACCCAGCAGUCAUAUCACAGAAAGAAACACCCCGCAAGAAUCCGCGUUAUCGCCCAGUCUGAGAGAAGAAGAAAAUACUAACCACAGUACGCUCAGUAUGUACCCACACACCAGUAAUAACAUGGCUAAAAUGCAGCAUAGAAGCGUUGUUUAUACAUCAGCUGGUAGUCCAAAUAUAACUGGAAGUAUACAGAUGCAGAGUGCGAGUCCUUUAGGUAUGAAUUCUCAAUCGAUGGCACACUCGCCCUCUGCUGUCAAUCAGUGGUUGCUAUCCUCCGGUGAUAAACCCAUGUAUCCAUCAAUGUUUGGUCUACUGCAAGGCUCUGCUCAGAGUCCCCAGCAACAGUAUCCAUCAGCUACACCUAGUCCAGCUGGUACCCAAUACGAUGACAGGUCACAAACAGAACAAUUGAUGCUCAGUAUGGAUUGCAGUAGUAAUUUAGCCCUUAAGCAACCUCCUUCUUACCCUAGUUGUUCAGGAGCCAAUUCAAAUCUUAUGGACAUGCAGAGUGAUCUGGUCUAUUCGAGGGUCAGCCAGCCGAUGGGUACCCCAAAGUAUCAAUGGGAAAGUCAAGAUUAUGGUUCGGCGCAAAACUCUAGUGCAUUAGUGAUACCCGGUCCAUCUUCUCUUAUUCCAAAGCAAGAACCUUUCAGUGGAUCAUGUAGUGAUCUUGGCCAAAGUUCGGUGCCCGGUUACAAUGUGCAGUUAGCAGAAUACAACCCUUCUACAAGUAAGGGUCACGAAAUUUUGAGCCAGGUUUACCAGCAGAGUCCCAUACCGCUCAAACUGGUGCCGGUCAAGCCCAGGAAAUAUCCGAAUCGACCUAGUAAGACGCCCGUACACGAGCGUCCGUACGCGUGCCCUGUGGAAAACUGUGAUAGGAGAUUCUCGCGUUCAGAUGAACUUACGAGACACAUUAGGAUACAUACAGGACAGAAACCGUUUCAGUGCAGGAUAUGUAUGAGGAGCUUUUCGAGGUCGGAUCACCUAACGACGCAUAUUCGAACACAUACAGGAGAAAAACCAUUUUCGUGCGAUAUAUGCGGCAGAAAGUUCGCCAGGAGUGACGAGAAAAAAAGACAUGCGAAGGUCCAUUUGAAACAAAGAAUGAAGAAAGAAAACAAGCUCAACAGCAACUCUUCGUCGCAGUCAUCGUCGUCCUCUGUCCAGGCGCAAUCUUCCUCGCAGCAGCAACAGCAGCAGCAUCACCAUCACCACCACCCGCAUCAACAGGUGACGCAAAUGCACAUGCACCAAAGCCACACGGUAACCAGCGAAGAGGCCAUGAGCAUGUCACCGGUCGUCACAACCACUCUUUGAGAGGCCGCGACCGGGUUCGAGCCCGGCGAGUGCAUUCUACUCAUCCAAGACUACUGUGAUCUAGAUUGCGAUCAAACCAGGAUCAUUUUGGUUCAAAUCGAUUAGAGGUCCUUGGAUUAAGUUUCGGAGGUCUGGAUCAGAUCUCUCUACUCAGAUAUGGAAUCAUACAAGUGCGACUGCAAGCUGUUUGGAGAAUAUAGAAAACCGAUUGGUCACUUGCAAGUAUGCUGAUUUUAUAAGUUCAUUUUUAAAAUGUAUGAAUCAGUUUAUGAAAUAAUGAAAAUUGGAUCACUUGUAAAAAUACUCAUUAAUAUUUAUAAUGGUUGCAUAAAUUUUGUAUUGAAACUGACCGAAGAGUGUCAACACUAAAACUUUGAGGUCAUUUAUUUUAUGUCAUUACAAAUAAAAUGAAAACUACGAUAGACAAUUGAGUUAUGCGAGCAACGAUUACAGAAAAGGGGUUUAAAAAAAAUACUACAAUUCGAUAAAUUUGAAAGAAUAUUGGUACAUCUAGAGUGUCAGACUUUUCAAAAAGUACUGGUCGAAUCAUAACUGGGAAACUUUUUUACAAUUCCUUCCUCAAAUUUGAUAAAUGUAAUAUUUCGCUAUUUAUUUACUUACAGAAACAAUAAAAUGGUAUACACUAGAUUUAAAUAUUAGUGGAUUUUGUUUCUACAAUUUAUAUAUUUAAUUGAAUUGGGCUUGCCACAGAAAUAAAAAUCUAUUUAUGAUGAAAAUUAACAAUUUCUAUGAUCUAAUCGUUGUUGGUGUGUGGAUUUUUGAAAAGUAUGACACUUUAUAUUGAAAAAAAUAAUGAUAAGUUCUCUUUUUUACCCCUUAAAGACUCAAGUGUCAAUCAUAGAGAUCAAAAUUUAACAGUAUUAAAAAUUUAGUUUCUUUAAAAAAUAUUUAUGCCGCGUAAAUUUGAUCGAUUUUCAUAAAAACUUGAUGAUUCUGAUCAACUCCAGGAUCUAGUUUCGUAAAAAUUCGAAGAUGCACUGAAGAUACCUGAUUUUUUGAUCUCCAAUAGGCCUAUUAUAUAGAGCCCUAGUACGUCGUAAGUCUGUGCCAUUUUUCUUGUAAGGUAAGUACAGGAUAUUUAACGAAACUUUUAAGACUUUGGUAGCAGAAAAAAACUCCAUAUUUUUUAUGUUUUCUCUAUAUUACAUCAUAUUUUUUUAUGUAUCUAAUAUUGAUAAUAUUUCUUUUUUUUUAAGAAUUUUAAUUUUUAAUUUGACACAGCACAGAAUCUGAAAUAAAGUAGAAUUUUUCAAUUUACUACAUUUUCCGGUAUUAAAUUGCAAUAUAUUUUAUGUUCUUCUCUAAAAGUUGUUGACACCUAAUUAUUUUUAUAAAAUUUCAUUAUGAGACUAUACUAAAAAAAAUCAUAUAUAAAUUAAAAACGAAUACACUAUUUUUUAUUUCAUUAUCCCUUAACACCCUUUGUACUGUCAAAUUAAAUUAAAAUUUGAUGUGAUGAAAAAAAUUAUUCUAAUUCAGUUUUAUGAAUUGGUUUUUUUCUGCUUUCAUAAAGUCUUUUUCAAUCAAUAAUAUACAAAGUAUUGAGUAUUGUCCUGUACUACCGCAGACUGAAAAAAAAAUCGCUUCUAAGCGAUGGGUUGUUAACAAUUGAAUUCUUAUUUUUGUAUGUUUCGAAAAAUGGUUGUUGAUAAUGUAUAUUUUAUUUUUAGUAGUGUUCUGAACACACGGUAUAUAGAUUUUUUAACAAUUUUAGAAAGAGUAACAAAAGCUUUAAUUAAUAUUGUAGGUUUAAAAUCGUUUUUAAAAAUAUUUGCCAAAUAACAAAAUGUCAAAAUUCGUUACAUUCCGUACUAUUUUUUUAUUGGUAAUCCGUUUUAAGUAGUUAAAAAGUAUUUAUUUUUGUUAGCUCCUAAGAAAUCACACUAAAGUCAAUAACUAAUGCAGUUGCACUAAAGAAAUAUUUUUGAUUCAAAGAUAUUUACCAGAGUAUAUAAAAUAAAUUCAUUUUUGAUAUUAAUGUACCAUCCCUUUGGUCAGAAUUCAGUUUGCUUUCCUCAAAUAUUUGUUUUUUAAAUAGUCUUUGAAUUGAAGAUAACACUUUUCCCAGUGUAUAGAUAUUGUUUAAAACGCGCACAUUACAUGAAAUUUAAAAAAUUCUUGAAUAAAAUAAUUAUUAAAACAAAAUAUUUUUGAAAGAAAUUUAAAAAUUAAAAUCGUUUAUUGAAAUAAUUGUACCUUUCUGUUAGAUUUAAUUAAACAUAUGUCCGACAGAAUUUUUUGAAUUUCUCUUGUAUGCGAGCCUGGAUAUAUAUGGAAAAUAUCAAGUUUGCCUUAAGAAGUGUCUUUAAUAUAGUAAGAUUUCAACAAAUAUGCUGUGCAAGUACACCUUAUAUGACUAAUGUAGUUAACAAUACCAUUUUACAUAACGUAAAUUUGAAAAAGUAGCCUUUACUAUCAACUUACUUAAAUCGGUUAUCAUUUUUACAUUGCAGAAAACUUUUAUUUUUUUAUAUAAUUUUAUGAAGCACUUUUGUAAAUUUUAAAAAAUAUGACAAUCAUUUUAUAGCUGGACCUCUAUUAAAAAUAUUUGCUUUAUGUAAAAUGGUAAAAACCAUAGUCAAAACUAUGAGUAGACAAACAUCUUGAAAAAUCGUGUAUACUGUGGUGCUACCCACUCAAAAAAAGCUAAAAACUACUCUAAAAUAAAAUUUAUGGAAAUUACGUAAUACAUAUCGCAUUUAUGGAAUAUUAUGUAAAAUUACAAAAAAGUACUUUUACAUAUUAUUAGGUGAUGUGUAAUUUUACAUAAAUUUUUAUUUCUAGAAAAUAUUCAUAUACAUUUAACAGUUCAAGUAUUUUGUAAAUUUGUAAAGAAUUGUAAAUUACUGUACAUAGAAAAAUAAUUUAAAAAUAACAUUAUUAAGUUUGUAAAUAUUUAAAAAUAUAAUUAUAAAAAAAAUUGUUAAAAUCCGGCUGUUGUUUGAAAUAACUGUUGUUAAAAAAGCUCAUGAGUAUAUAGGUAUUGUACCGUUUCUUCCCUGAUUUUGCACAUACCUUUGUAACGUUAAGUCUAUUUUUAUAUCCAGAGAGUUAUAAAUUAUGGCAGAAAUGUACAGCUGUGAGCAGAUUAUAAUAUAUCAUCAAAUGAAAUUUUAAAUAGUUCCUAAAAGUCAAGUACCAGAAGAAUAAAUUAAAAAAUUAUUUAACAAUAACAUUCUUCUAAAUAAAAUUAUUUUCCGAGUCAUGAGGAUGUUAUUUUUAAUCUAGAUUAACUCUCUCAACCGGUGUUAUAGAAAUUUAAGAUCUCUCAAAAUCAAUAUUGGGUCAACUUUCGCAAGAAACUAAAUAAAAAUUGUCGCGUCAUUUCAGAUUGUACCUAGUGGGUGUAGGUCAAUUGUUAACCUUUUGCUAUUUUCUAUUUGAUAUUUUAUAGAAAGCAAUUUAAUAUCAGAUGCUCGAAUUUACCGGGUCACUUCAAAAUUAUUUCAGAACAACAAUUAUUAUUAUUUCAAAUUGUUUUUUAAUUGUAUUCAAAUAUAAGUAAAGUUUUUGAAAAUAUUUGUAUCCAGACAGCCUUAAAUAUUCUUUUUAUUUUAGAAAAAAUAAAUUAAUAUUUUUAUUAUUCAUCUGGUACUAUUAUUUGGUGCAAAAUCUUUCAAAAAUUGAUGUGGCGUGGCGGAAGAUUAACUGUUUUUCACUAAUUGUUCCCUGGUCUCGCACUGCUGAAUUUUUCAAACAAAAAUUUUGAAAUUUCAUCAAUCAAUGAGGCUGUUGUUUCAUGUUAAUGUGAUAUUUGACUACAUAUUUCGAUAUUAAAUCCUUUAUCCCCGCUGGAAAUUCCCUGUGAAGAACAAAAAUUUGAUAUUUAUUAAAUAAUUUCACUAAACAUAGAUAAUCUUAAGUUCUCUAUAACUUCAGAAUUAAAAAAAAAAGUAAGCCAAAUAAAAAUUUUAAGUAGUGGUUCAAAAAUACCUUAUUAAAAUACCUAUCCUUCCAUUAUUUUUUUUUUUCAAAUAUAUUGCGAAAUGAUUUAAUAGAAUAUCGAAUUUGUCUCUACAAAUGUACAUGUUUAUUGUUAUUUAAAAAAAAGUCAAUACUAAAACCAUAAAAAUGAAGUUGAUGUGUAUUUCAUGGUUGUGUCAGCUAUUAUGGAUCUUCUUACUGAACAAGAAAAUAAAAACUGCUGAUUGAAUA